AGUAACAGCUACACAAAACACGAAGCGUAGUGGGGAGCCCGGUGAGAGUUGUUUUGACGCUCACUUUCUAUGGGAAACUGCAAAAUGUUUCCAGAUUAGUAAACAGCGUCUUUCUACGGGACGAUGACGACCUAAAGGAGAGUUGAGAUGGCGGUAGACCUGGCGAAGAACGCCGGCUUCGACCGAGAAGUCGUGCGGACUCGGCGGGGCGAUCACCAGGAGUACUUCUCGUCCCUCCUCUGCAAGGACAAGCGGUCUCACGAGGCCCUAGAGAUGCUCGUCUCUGACCUGCACGCGGACAAGGAGGGCACGGUCAGCACUUUCCUGAGCCACUCGGGGUCCGAGGAUUUCCUGUGGGGGCUGGUCAGGCUGCUGGACACCGAUAACCCAAGAGUUGGAGGGAAUGCAGCGUACAUCCUGGGUACGAUAGCGGAGAACGAGCUAGGCGCAGCACGGGUCCUGAGCCUGACCAAUGGGAAGGCAGGAGAGCAGAUCCUGGACGACCUGACCAACAUGCUGACCCUGACUGACGCAGAGUCGGUCAUGAACGCUGCAGGGACCAUCGGGACACUGGCUGAGAGCUCAGAAGGACGUGAUUGGAUGCUAGGAGAGCCCCAUCUGGACAACACUGUCAGUAACGUCACCAACCUGCUCACAUCUAACAACCAGUGGAUAGCCAGUAAUGCUGCAUUGGUGCUGGCCAGGUUGACGAUAUCAGAAACCGGCUGUAACCGGAUUCUGGACCAUGAGAGCUCACAGCUGGUCCUGACCAAACUGGUCCUGUCUCUGGGGGUGGACAAAGCUGGACUGGGGAUGAAUUCUGCCUUUGCUGUGGGCCGUCUGUGUGACAUGGAGCCAGGGAGGUCACGACUACUCAGUCUGCCGGACUCAGAGAAAAUGUUUACCUCCCUUGGCAAAAUGCUGUGCCACGGAGACACGGGAUCCAGCAAAAACGCCUGCUUUGCCGUCAGCUGCCUGGCGACCAGCCCCGAGGGCCACGCCCGGUUGCUAGGCAGCAGGAGCUGCAAUGAGCUGCUGACAGCGCUAGGCCGUCUCCUCAAGGCAGAGGAUGGCGAGACGGGAUGGUUCGCUGCCAUGACACUGAGGACACUGGCUAGUGUAGGGAAGGGUGUAGUUAGACUGAGAGAUCAUGCAGAGGUGGUCCGUUCUCUUAAGGAGACUGAGUCCAGGGAAAAUGUCAGUCCAGACCUGCGCGAUGAGGUCAUCACAACAUUAGAAAUCCUCAAGAGGUUGGAGAGACCAAACCCACCCAGAAUAGAAGUGAGAGGGCCCCACUCAUGUGAAGCUGCAUGGGAUGCCAGCACAACGAAGAGUGGUCUGCCCAUCACAUACAGACUUUAUGAUGGUAACAGAAUAGCAUACAGAGGAGCUGACCUACACUGUGUGGUGGAUGGUUUACAGCCGUACACACAGUACACCUUCAGACUACAGGCUGCUACAGAGGGAGACGGCAGUCCACAGAGUGACCCUGUUAUCGUUAGGACAGAGGAGUCAAUCCCAGGGGAGCCCACGGGGUUGCGUGUGAUCAAUGCCACCACAACCCAGCUCAAGGUGUGCUGGUCUCAACCCCUCCGGCCAAACGGAGUCAUCAAGGGAUAUGCAGUAUACCAAGGUAAAACUCAGACAGAGACCACACAGGAACUCAGCAGCAUUAUCUCUGGUCUACAGCCACAGACAACCCAUGAUAUACAUAUAUGUGCAAUAACAAACAAAGGAAAAGGCCCUCGAGCAAGUGUCAAGGGAAGAACAGAAGACCUUGGUGCCCACGCUCCAGAGAAGCCGUCGCUGACAGUCCAGGGUCGUCACGAGGUGUUCGCCACCUGGGACCUGCCGGAGGUCCUGCUGGGCAGACUGACCAAGUUUGAGCUCCACGUGAACGGGAAGAUCGUCUACUCCGGCACCGACAGGUCAUUCAAGGUCACCAGACUCAAGCCUGACACCGACUACUCUGUCACUGUUGUUGCCGUGACCAACCAGGGCAAGUGUGAGAGCGAAGCUGCCAAAGUACGGACAGCCAAGGACGAAUAUUCCUCAGCCUCAGGAGGACCUCUGCAUGUACCCAAGCAGCUCACUGUGGAGACAAAAGACUCUGAUCAAGUCAGUGUUGGAGGAGGUUCCAAAAAGAAGAUGAACCACACGUGGGAAGGACCCAAGAUGAACCGAGUCAGCACACCAACCCGUGCACACAGGGACCGCGGGAAAACAAUGAGCGCCAGCAGCAGUGGUAGCGGUGACAGUAGGAACCCGGAGAGGGUGACCAGAUCCAAGUCUUAUGACUCUGGUUUCUCCGACUACAAGGAUAAACCAGUGAAGGUCAAGUACACAACAAAGCCAACACCAGUGCUCCAGCCCCUCCCCAUGGCCCAGGCCUCGUCCACAGACCUGGCUGAAGACCUCAACCCACAGUCAUCACACAUACAGGUAGAAGCUGUCAAUCAAAAAGGUUAUGAAGCCUUUGCCAGACAAAACCGACCCGAAACCCCAAAGGGGACGGGAUCCAAGACUAAAGUACGGUCUUACUGGAAGGAGCCUGUGAAGAACUCAGAAAUGUACAAGCCAAAUGUAAAACUAGAAAAGCUGAGGCCGUGGCCACCAGAACUUGGGAACGGCAAGAGGGUGGUUUCACCGCCAAGUAGGAAAGACUCCUCCUCACCAAAACAGGAACAGGGUAAAGAUCAGACUGUUAGGUACACUUCUCCAGCUAAAGUACAAUUUAUUGACAACAAGAAGGGACAAGACUCGAAAAUGGUAGAAGAUGAAGCAAAAAGACAAACAAGAACUCGUGAAAGACCAACUGCUGCUCGGCGUCCGAGUAGCCAGGAAACCGUGGAAUCAAACGAAGGUCAAAGGACUCCAACGUCACCUAAAGUAAGGACGUUCUCACCCGAUAUUCCUCAUCAUAGGAAAGGGUCAGGGAACCACAGAUAUGUAGCAGCUAAUUCUGAAACUGGAGAUUCACAAAGGCAUCACCGCGAGCAUCUCUCCUCAGGGCACCAGAAUCACUCGGACUUCAAGCGUUCGGCGACCUCUGGACGUGGUUCAACGUCAAGUGGUUCAGUGCACUAUGUCACCAUGGACUCAUUUCCAGACAAUGGUGGCGCUGGGCAAGAAAACACAGAUGGUUUUCCUCCAGACAUGGGAGACUUACCGGAAGCAUUGAUAGAUGGGAGGACUUUUGAACCAGGUGGUGAUUUCCGGAAGGGAAGCUGGGAUUACAGAAGAUCUUCUACAGAAGAUGUCAGAACUGGGACUUGCAUUGACAGUAAAGAGGGAAGAGUGUUCCACAGUCUGUCUGACACAGAGAACACAAAAGGCACCAAGAAGUUUCGUGAGAUGAGACUACCCCACCCUAACCCUAUAACCAGAAGAACACAGGAUCCUACUGUAGAGAUUUCAGUUGGGAAAGGGUUUGCAGCAGUACCCAGUAGUUAUGUACAGAGGACCGAGGCCUUCAUUAAAACACACAGACCAGCGGUAAGAAAGUCCCUGAUCUCCCACUACCCCCCUACCCGAGUCGUCCCACCCCCCAGCCUGGCAGGAGGGGGUAACAAGAGCAUGUGGCAGCCUGAGUUUCCCUCCCGCCCCCUGGAGAAGAGCAACUCCAACAAGUUUGUGCCGAUGCAGUACAGAACCCAGCCCCUCAACAUGCCCACACCCGGGCUGCACAGGGAGGGCACCAUCCCCAACCUCUUCAGCAAAAGUGCAUUCCUGCAGAAGUUAGAAGCCCUGGGAUACACUGGGUCCCGAGCCAACCUCAGACCCAUGUAUGACGGCACAUCGGAGAAGAAACCUGGUGCCAAGGCAGCUGCAACUGAGAAGGAUAGGUCACCUCCAGCCCAUCUAAAGACCAGCAAAGAUCCACACAACCACGCCUCCUGUCAGUACUCUCCGGCACUGCAGCACAGCCUGACGGCACACCACAACAGACAUGCAGUUCCUGUGGUCACCGAGUCUGUCUGUGUACCUGCUACCUCCCCCUCCCCUGAUCAUGUACUACAGAGCCCCAGUUGACACUGAGUUGUGCUUUUAUCUUAUCUUAAUGUUCAUUCCACAACAUAAGAAGAGUAUGGGUGACCCAGUGUUCUUGGCUGGAAUGUGGAAAAGCUGCAUUGCACUAUCAGCUACCACAAUAGAAUUACGCUUUGUCUCAAGCAUUACCCUUUGAGUGAGAACAACAUGACUUCUAUGAAAGUCACAAUGAAAUAGUCUUUUCAUCACAGCAUACAUGUACUCUCUCAGGCAGCUAAAA